AUGAGUGGAAUUCAUCGGUUUCUCACGCGUCGCGACCGGCACAACAAGUUGAGCAAGCAAAGCAAAGAAGAGGCAUCUCAGAUACUUUCGCGUCCUACGUUUCAUGGAAUCUUCAAAUCAGAGACAACACUGGAAGAUAACCACGAUCAGGAGAAGAAGGUCAAAGCCCUCGCUCAGCGGCUUAAACAGCUUGGAAUUAUUGCGAUAGAGGAAGAGCAUAUGAUUUAUGCAUUACAGACCACCGAAGGCGAUACAGAGAAGGCAUUCAGCCUGCUGCUUCUGCUAGAAGACUCUAUUGAAGGAAUUAUCAGGAAUUACACACCUAACACGAAACUCCUGGGUGCAGAGAAUCGUCAAGGUGUCACAUGCUAUCUGGACGCGUUGUUAUUCGCUAUGUUUGCGCGUCUCGAUUGCUUUGAGGCCAUUCUGUACAAAUCCUUCAAUGAUGAGCCUCGUCGAAAACUUGCAAUCCUUCUGAGACUAUGGGUGAAUUUGCUGCGAUCAGGAAAGCUCAUAACCACAGAUAUGACAAAACACCUACAGGAAGCCCUAGCAGAAUGUGGUUGGGAAGAUGCGGCCAAACUUCAGCAACAGGAUGCUUCAGAAGCAUUCACUUUCAUUACUGAGAAGUUAGAGCUGCCACUUCUGACUUUGAAGAUGGACAUCUAUCAUACUGGAAAGGAGGAUGAAAGUGAUGACCAUAAGUUCGUCAAUGAGAGGCUUCUUGAGGUUGCCAUACCUCCCGAGCCAACUGAUGGGCAGUCACUUACACUGGAAGACUGUCUGGAAGCAUACUUCAACAACAUGAUCGAAGUCAAACGACACAUGGCACGACGCAACACUGCUAGCUCGCUCAGAUCAAUGGAUUCACUCUCCAUAUCCAAGGGAUCCACCUCACAUGUUGAAACAGUGGAGAUUGAUACCACGCCCACUAUGUCUCCUACUCAAGCAGAUACACCGCGGGCCGAAAAACAAAACCCCUGGUCAUCAUUCAGCGAGUUCACCGAAUCCCUCGAGGCAUCUCGGACACCUGGUCGGCGUGGGAGUAUUGUUCGAGAGCGGUUCUUUCCUGAUUCAAGUGAGGAUACAAACACAGGAGAUUCAAAAACGGACAAAGAUACCAGGGCAGAUCAAGAUGCCAGUGGAGAUACGCUACCGCGCAGGGGCUCAUACAAGAAAGAGGUAAUGAUGCCUGCAUGGCAAUUCUUCAGCCUGAUACCGUGGUAUACCGACAAUACACCAACAAACGACGCACAAGUUGCAGCACACUUUUCUUCAAAACGGCCGAUUCUUGGGAUGUGCCUGAAGCGCUAUUCCUUCUUGCCAGACGGAAGAGCAAUCAGACUUAAUACACACAUUGAUAUACCAACCGAGAUCGGCCUACCACAUUUCAUCCAAGAUGACAACUUAGAUGCGAAUGCUCCUAUAUUUGGGAGCUUCAAACUCUCUUUGCAGGCUCUAGUCUGCCACAGGGGCAACUCGGUGGACUCGGGGCAUUACAUUUCCCUUGUUCGAGGCACUAGCUGCCCCAAUACUGGCACUCAUGCGACCACAGGUCCGCAAGCCACAGAGAUAUCAAAACACUGGAUGCGGUUUGAUGAUCUCGCCGCAGAACGAGUCACACUGGUUGAUAUUGAUCAAGCCUUGAAGACCGAAUCUCCAUAUCUUCUGUUUUAUCAAAUUCUUCCUAUCGGCGAAGAUCCAUCUGCGCCCAGCAUCCCAAAUGCACCGUCAUCGCGGGCUUCAGAUGGCAGUACACUAGCUGAUCAAGUGGAUUUCAGCCUCGAAGACCUUUCUUCUGACCGACCAAGUGUUGAAAUCACGGUGCCAUGCGAGACUGAUGCGCCAACAUUAGCCAGCAUCGCAAGGCGACCCAGCAUAGCAUUCUCAGAAAUCAGUAAUCCAACCGGUCUUCAGCCGCGGUCUGUUCCAUCAUCCUCGCCUAGGCUGGCAUCAAUGGAAGAAAUAAGCACCAAGGGAACAUCAUCUUCACGCCGUGGAUCUCGUUCGGCCAGGAGUACCCCCGGAAGCCGUGCUGGCAGCCAAACGAGUGAAAAUCGAAUUAGUGCCACAUUUUCACGCUUUGCCGAACGACUGAGUCGGGAUAAAGUUAACAAUGACUUUAAUGAGGCAAAAGAAGGGGAUGAAUUUGCAUUGGAGAUUGAUGAUACUGUGGACGAUAUGAAACUGGGGCCAGCUGCCCUUGAGAACAAGGAGAAGCGCGGAAGAGGCCGAACGAAGGAUCGCGAGAGAUACAAAGGGAAGUCCAAAGAGAAGUCCAAGGAGAAGGGCAAGAAGUUGGACCGGGAAUGUGUAGUGAUGUGA